CAACCUGCUCUCGUGAGUUGUUAAGUAAUCCUCUGGAGCUGCUUUGAGAUGAUUUAUGUUCGUUGCGUUUUCAUCUCGACAUCGCUCGUCAGAGCUCCGGAGGUUUGCCAGGAACAUAACCUUCUUCAUCCUCCCAUCCUCUUCUUCACGCGCCUCUCCUUCGCUAUAAAAGGCGCUGAGUCUCUUCCACAGAGUCAGUGCGAUCGAGUCACCAGCUGCCAAACAGAGUCCACUACUCACACUUGUUUGACUUUCAAGGAACAUACUAUUGACACAGCUGCAGCAGCCUCUGGAAUAGCUCGUGCAGAAGACGAAACUAGAUUUUUCAGAACAGAGUCCUGAAGACACGUGCACACAAGGCAGUCUACUGUAGUCCGACCCUGAAAGCAUCACUGCUGCCAUGCACAGGCUCGUUUCCAUUGCCCUGCUAUUCCUGGGAGCCAGUUUGGCUGCUUCCCUCUUCCUUCCUGACUCCCUGGAGCUGAGGCAGAUAAUGCAACGCUACCAGGACGAGCUGGAGCCCAACAGCACAAAAGCUGAUACACCUUUACGCACUCGUAGAGCCAUCAGGUGGUCAGACAGAGAGGAGAUCCUGCAACUGCACAACAAGCUGAGAGGAGCGGUGCAACCGAGCGCCUCCAACAUGGAGUACAUGGUCUGGGACGAUGAACUGGAGAAGUCAGCGACCUACUGGGCAGAACAGUGCCAGUGGGAACAUGGACCUAAAGAUCUACUGAUGUCCAUCGGGCAGAACCUAGCCGUGCACUGGGGAAGGUACCGCUCUCCGGCCUAUCAUGUGCAGGCCUGGUAUGAUGAGGUGAAGGACUACACCUACCCUUACCCACAUGAGUGCAACCCCUGGUGCCCUGAGCGCUGCUCUGGACCCAUGUGCACCCACUACACACAAUUGGUGUGGGCCACAACCAACCGUGUUGGCUGUGCUGUACACGUGUGUCCGCGUAUGAACGUAUGGGGGGAAAUCUGGGAGAACGCCGUCUAUCUCGUCUGCAACUACUCACCCAAGGGAAACUGGAUUGGGGAAGCCCCAUACCAACAUGGCAGCCCCUGUUCCCAGUGCCCACCAAGCUAUGGAGGAGGCUGCAGAGACAAACUCUGUUACAAGGGAGAUGCUAAACGUCAGGAGUCUCCAGAUAUGAAUGAGGUGGAGAAGCCGCAGGAGCCAGUUCAGCCUCGGACGACUCCAACUAAGCCUCAGCCCAAACCCUCUUCCCCCAAAAAACCUGCAAAUGCCAAUCCUUCCUCAACUAAGACUACAAGAACUAGCUAUCUAGCACAAAAUAUUAAGUGUGAGACAAGAAUGAGGGACAAAUGUAAAGGAGCGACCUGCAACAGGUACAACUGCCCAGCAAACUGCUUAAAUAAGAAGGGGAAAGUCUGGGGAACAUUGUAUUAUGAUGUUCAAUCAAGUAUUUGCCGUGCUGCUAUCCACUAUGGAAUAAUUGACAACAAUGGAGGCCUUGUGGAUGUUACAAGAAAAGACAACUUCCCAUUCUUUGUAAAGGCAACCAAGAAUGGCGUAGAGUCAUUCAGUAAAUACAAACCUGGCAAUGCAUUUACAGUGUCGAGAGUGGAAGAGCAAACGAUAGACUGCUACACAACAGUGGCUGAGAUUUGUCCUUUCAAGGCGUCUGCCUCUCAUUGUCCAAGAGUCUUCUGUCCAGCUAACUGCAUAAACGAACCUUCAUAUUGGGCUCCAGUGGUCGGAACUAACAUUUACGGUGAUGGCUCCAGUAUCUGCCGAGCAGCUCUCCACGCUGGAGUGAUCAAAGCCAGCGGCGGCUAUGUGGACCUCCUGGCUCUGGAUAAGAGGAAAAGCUACACCGGGACCUUGAAGAAUGGCAUCCAGUCUGAGAGUAAAAGCAAUAGAGAAGGCGGUUCGUUCCGUGUCUUCGCUGUUAGAGGGUGAGAUGGCACUGAUGACACACAAAAGGUCACUGAUUUGCUCUCAAAAAUCAGGAUAUAUCGAAGGAAAUGCAAACCUUUGGACUCUGUCUUUGGGAGGAAAGAGACAUUUACAGAAGACCAAAGGAUGUUUCAAAACUUCAAUGCAUGGGCUUCCAGGGGUUAUAUACAAUUGUGAAUAAUGUUUUUGACCACACAUGCAAAUCUGAACAAAAUUCAGUGGUACAGCGAUGCUGGUUUUAAUCGUUGUUGUUUUUUUGAUUCAGUUUAUUUUUUGAUGCUAUUAUCCAAUACAUGCAAAAUCUCUUAUUUCCAUACAAACUGCAUAUUGAUUACAGUUUAUUUAAUCUGUACAGAUAUUUUGUGGAUUUGUCACUUGUUGACUUGUUGUGUUUCUUAUUUUUUUGCUUUAUUUCAUUAAUCAUUUUUCAAGCCGGAGCUGGAAAAGAGCACAACAGUCACCACCUACUUUUUUGCUUCAAGAAUUAUUUUUCCUCUUCAGUUUAUCCAUAGUAAAAAAAACAACCCAUCUCCAUCACAAAAUUACAAAUCUAAUAUGAAAAUAUAAUUCAGAGUUUAAAGCUCAUGGUGCGUUUGUCUCAAAAGUUUAUGCUCUUUUGUUCAAAUCAAUUCCUUUAUGAUAAAAAUGAGUGAGAUUUUUACUUUUGCGCUCAAUUUGAAUAGUAGUUGAGUGUGUACAGUGCAGAAGGGGGGAUUUAUUGGACCUGAAGUGGGAAAACAGAUGCUUUGCAGAGAAAUGGCAAAGAAAAAGAGGCAAACCUCCAAGCAAAAGAAACCUUCCCUUCAUAAUGCAUGCAAGACUUCCAGAGUCAACAGUACUCAGACCGUUAAAGGUGCAAAAACAUUGCAGCAAUGUUUAAUCCCAGUAGGAUUUGAGUCACAGUGUGCAUGUUUAGGCUCAUCUUUCAUUAUGGUACCUUCCUUUUUGUUAUUUAUUAUUAUGCCUUCUUCAACCCCUGCUCAGGACCAAAUAUUUAUGAAUGCGACACAAGAUAUGUGUCCACUUGAGAUUCAAAUGUCAGUCAGAGUCUAACAUAUUCCUGUUUGGUUAACUGCUAUACACA